AUCAAAUAUUAUUACUUUCUUGUAAGUAAUUAAUAUUUUGAUUGUAAUUACGUGUUUUAUAAUGUGAUAAUAAAUGGUAGACAAUCUAUAUGAGGUAAUGGUUUCUUUUUUAAGAGCUUUGUUUUUGUAUUAUCAUCUGGAUAGAAUGCAUGAAUUGUUGUUGUGUAUCGGUCGAUUGGGUAAUGGAUAUUGAGAGUGGAAUUGGGUGUAAACGAAGGUGAUAAUAAGAGCAGAAGAUGGUGAUCAGAUCGAGGAGACGAAGUGUGAUGCAAUAAUGAAAGUGUGCGGGGAUUUCGGUCAAGCAUUUGGUACCAUAAUGAUGGUUAUUGGCAAAAGGCGUUUUGUCGCAUCUCGUGAUUAAAGUCCCCAGGCUUCGGCCAAGAGAAGAGAGUGCGAGUGAGAUAAGCGAGAUAGAGAGAGAUGUACCAAAAGAGUGGCGGUACACCAUUCUGUGCGUUCGUUCGGUUCGGAUGGGUUUAGAUGAAGAGGGGAUGGGUACGUUUUUGACCCCAUGAAGCCCUUAGGGCCUACUUGGGUCACUUGUCGCGCAGACAUCGUGCGCAGUCCCGCCCCUAAACACAGUGAUCGUCAUCAUUUCAGCCUCCUAGAACUCAGUUAUUAGUUCACCGCUUAAGUGUCCGCAAUGAUGGCUUCUCCACAACUGCACCAUCAUCAUCAACAUCAACAUCUUCAGCACCACCAGCAGUACACGGCGAAUGCGCAAUCGCAGAUCUCAUCUCUAAAUCUAAGGAUGUACCAUCAUCAUCAACCAUACGCGCAUCCGCAAGUCUCACCGGCUUCGACGACUUCAUGCAGCAGCGAUGGAUACGUUCCCCAGGUGCCACUGGAGGCGCGUUCCCCUCUGGAAUACUCACCGCAUUACCAGAACCCGUAUGGUCACAACCAGUACUGGUUUCAGCAUUCGCCGCCCCCAGCGGAUACCGCCACAAGUGGUUUUCAGCCGCAAACGCCGGCGAACGUGCAGAGCCAAUACCAGUGGUCGACGCAAAACCCGUACGUGCCCUUCACAUAUCAACCAAUCAUCAAACCGGAGACGAACGGUACGAGAAAGCCGUCCGCGAAGAAAACGCACAUCUGUCAUUAUCCCGGAUGUGAGAAGGUGUACGGAAAAACGUCGCACCUACAAGCUCAUCUCAGAUGGCACACGGGAGAAAGACCGUUCGUCUGCAACUGGUUGUUCUGCGGGAAGCGGUUCACUAGGUCUGAUGAGCUUCAAAGGCAUCUUCGAACGCAUACGGGAGAGAAGCGCUUCGCAUGCCCUACCUGCAGCAAACGCUUCAUGCGAUCCGACCACUUAGCGAAGCACGUGAAGACCCACAAGAACGCCAAACCGGAGAAGAAACCAGUGAAAAGUGAACAUUCGGAAGCGCAACAACCCACCUUCCUCACAACAAUAGCAGCGACGCAAAUCCCUCAACCCUAUCACUAUCCCGUCCCAAUGUACUACAACCUCCAGCAACCGGAACAGUGAUACGAUCCGACAAUCGAAAUAAAAAACCCAAGUGCCAUUAAUCUGUAUAGAAUUGUAUAUAUUUGUACCAUAAGAGUUAAUAAAUCGUUUAUAUUAUUAUAA